CUGACAUCUUUCUUUGUGCAAUUUCUGUCGAGUCUCUCGUGAAAAAUCCCGUUAUUUCGCUUUCGUAAUUCACAUAACAAAGGUAUUAUCUGUUCGCGAGUGUUCACCGCUAUUCGUGGGACAACAACUAAAAAUUAACGAGCAUUCCAAGAUACGGUGCAAAUAAUUUAUUUUCAUUUCAAAAUUAUCGAUUUUAGUCAUCUCGUCGAGAAGAAUUGUUUUUAUGCUGUUUAUUUAUUAGUGCCGUCGGGUGACUGGCGAUCGAGCAACAAUUUUUGGGUCACAGUCCAACCUAAGAGUGAGCCGUGUCUUGGGGGAAAAGCACACCGGGCACUACGGUGGCCCCAGAUACACCGGCCCCAGCACCCCAGCCUCCGGGGGUGCUGGAGAUGACAGGCACAGACAUUCGGUUUAGCGGGUCAACGCUAGACAAAGCGACCAAAGCCAAGGUCACAUUAGAGAAUUUCUACACGAACCUCAUCACACAACAUUUGGAGAGGAAACAGAGGCUCGAGAAACUCGAAGAGUCUUUGAAAGAUGACAGUCUUACAGAGAGCCAAAAGAAAGAGAAAAGACAACAACAUGCCCAAAAGGAGACAGAGUUCCUCAGACUCAAGCGGUCCAGGCUUGGCGUUGAGGACUUUGAACCGCUCAAGGUUAUCGGACGAGGCGCUUUUGGCGAGGUUCGAUUGGUCCAAAAGAAAGAUACGGGACACGUUUACGCUAUGAAAAUACUCAGAAAAGCUGACAUGUUGGAAAAAGAACAGGUAGCCCACGUGCGUGCAGAACGCGACAUCCUAGUAGAAGCCGACCACCAAUGGGUAGUUAAGAUGUACUACAGCUUCCAAGACCCUAUGAACCUGUACUUGAUAAUGGAGUUCUUGCCGGGCGGGGACAUGAUGACGCUGCUGAUGAAGAAAGACACCCUCAGCGAAGAGUGCGCACAGUUCUAUGUUGCUGAGACGGCGCUUGCUAUCGAUAGUAUACACAAACUUGGCUUCAUACACAGAGACAUAAAGCCGGAUAACUUGCUUCUGGACGCCCGCGGUCACAUCAAGCUCAGCGACUUUGGCCUCUGCACUGGCCUCAAGAAGAGCCACCGCACAGACUUCUACCGGGACCUAUCGAGAGCCACGCCUUCUGAUUUCACUCUACACUUCAAUUUCUCGUAUGCAGUAUCGACGUCUUCGUCGGCAAUGGACUCGAAACGGCGCGCGGAGUCGUGGAAGCGAAAUAGACGGGCGCUGGCCUACUCGACCGUGGGCACGCCCGACUACAUAGCGCCGGAGGUAUUCCUGCAGACCGGGUACGGCCCGCAGGCCGACUGGUGGAGUCUGGGGGUUAUCAUGUAUGAGAUGUUGAUCGGUUACCCGCCGUUCUGUUCGGAGUCGCCUCAGGAGACGUAUAGGAAAGUCAUGUCAUGGCGAGAGUCGCUAACCUUCCCGCCAGAGAUCCCCAUUAGCGAGGAAGCGAGGGACACCAUACUUCGUUUCUGUUCAGAACCUGACCGCAGGUUGGGUUCUCAGCGAGGCAUAGAGGACGUGAAGUCGGUGUCGUUCUUCCGCGGCGUGGACUGGAGUCACGUGCGCGAGCGUCCCGCCGCCAUCUCCGUAGAAGUGCGCUCUAUAGACGACACCUCGAACUUCGACGACUUCCCUGACGUCAAGCUUGAAAUACCAUCAGCGCCAAUACCACAAGACGGCGAGGUGGCAUACAAGGACUGGGUGUUCAUCAACUACACCUUCAAGCGAUUCGAGGGGCUCACACAACGCGGGACGCCCACCAAGAAGUGAACCUACGAACCCUAAGUUACACUGCUUUCAGUCUAAACUGCUGCGCUACCUAGCCUUGACAAGCAAUAUAGAUGUUAAUAUUUGGUUACGCUGUCGAUAGAAGCGCUAGACUACCUGGCUUCUUAUCUUACUAUCCGCUAUUUAGCUAGUGUUUACGUACGCUGCGCGGGCGCCAACGCACUUACAGGGAGAGAAAAAUACAUACACCCUCUAAAAAAUAUCCUGGUUGCAAUGGAAACUGACAUAUUAACGUGGCUUUUGCUGAAAAAAGAUCAAUUUCGCCUUAAAUAAAAUCAAAUAUUUUCAUGUUCAGUCCAGAUUUCCAGAAAACUAUUUGGAACCAGAAUAAAAACCUGAGACUGCGAGUACGACUACUAGAGCAAAUGACACGCUGGCGACUACUAAGAAAAAACAAAUAUUUUGCAAGCAUUGCAUAUUUUUGUACACGAAGUUUAUUUUAAAAAUGUUCAACUACUAUUGCAAUCAAGCUAUAAGCAUUUAAAUGUAUUUUUGAAAAUAUGGGAUGGGCCGGAUAUAUUUUCUCUCUCCAGUAGGGUCGCCAAAAUUAUCCUUUCCUUUAGAACUAAGAUCAUUUACCAGUCAUUGUUAUACUCCAUUUGAUUAAGUUCAUAACUAGGGAAAAACAAUCUUAAUAUGACCUUUUAUUCAAAAACUCAAUUUUAAAGUAAAUUGCAGCUAAAAAUCAAUGUAAAUACAUUAAUAACAAUUACAUAAUUGAACCAUUAUUUGAAGUUUAUUUGUAGUUUAUUUGUUUAAUAUGUAUUUCUGUAAAAUGUCCUAUCAAGAUUGUUUGCCUUUAGUUAAAUACCUAAUCGAAUGGGUUACAGGUAGUUCUGUCCAAAGCUUUUCGAUAGCUGUAUUGCAAUAAAAAAGUGCGAUUAUUUCGUAAUAUAACAUGUAUAUACGGCGUAAUUUUAAGGCAGUAAGUGUCGUGAGCCUACCUCUGCAUGUAUUUGCGACAUUUUAGUCUGAAAGCAGUUUGCUGUCCUCACUGAUGACAAUCAUAAUAUAAUCUGUAAUCAUCAAUCGCUGAUAUGAACUUGAGUGUAUGAGGAUGAACCAACUUUGCGUACCUGUUCCGCUUACUAAAACUAUCGUCUGUGACGCUCGAUUAACUUAUUGGUAGGAUGCCAACUUAUUGACAAAUGGAAAUUCUUGAAAACUAACUCUCGUGCUGUCGUUUAUCACAGAAACGUGGAUAUUAUAUUCUCGCCAAUGAACUUUGUUUUGAAAUGUAUAUAUUGCUCUUAGCCCGGCUUUCAAAUACCUACAUUAUUAACACGUUCGCGUGAGCAGUCUCAUUUUUAAAUGUUGGUACUGUGGCGCAUCUUUUUCCCAUACAAAAUUAAACCAAGUCUUAAGACGUCCCGCCGUUAUACGUAGUCUUAUAAUCUGUUUUAUGUGGCGCAACGUUAUUUCACGUCCAACGUCUAUAAACGUUGUCGCCACCACAUAGGUCUGACAUGGUCGGUCAAAAUAAAUAUGACAAUCUAGAGGCCAUCGUACGACGUUGCGCCUUUUCAUACUUAUAUCAAUACCACGUUGUAAGACGUUGCUCACGCGAACGUGUUAACGACUACUGACUCCUUGACUUUUUAAAUCCAAUCUGCAAGAUACCCGAGACAGGCAAUAGCAAUGGGACCGCGAUAAUACAUAUGUUACAGGCAAUGUGCAUAAUGCAGGCAUUCUAUACAUUUCCUAGAUAUUGUAUAGAAUGCCGGGGUCGUCCAGGCAUUACGUGAAAUGAUAUUGAAUGUUCAAACUAUUUUACAGUUUACCUCGGAAAUGUAUGGAAUACGCAUUGUAUAGAAUGCCGGUUGACGCAUAGGUAUUGUACGUAACGUGUUUUAUUUGCGUAGACAGCAAUUCCCUUCGGAUAAACAUUUACAUUUACCUACAACGUACAGUCAAGUGCACUAAGCAGUAGAGCUUUAAAUUUUGACAUUUCUAUCUCUCUUAACUUCUGCGAUAUCAGGACAAAAUCGAAUGGCAAAUGUAAAGGUGCACUUGACCGUACCAAAAUUUGCUGCAAAAAGUUGACCUGUUAAUUUUUUACCACUUGAUUAUGGAAAUUUGAUCGUGAUACUAUGAAAACCGACAGUUUUCAUUUAAAAUAAUCUUUUAUUAUAGAUACUUUUAAUAAACUGUGGGUAACAUAAUUAUAAUUUGAAAGGAAAUAAAAUCUUAGGUAACAUCUUUGAACAAACUUAAAUAGACUCAUAUUAAAAUUGCAAUUUAGUUAUUACCUAUUUGUAGGUAGUUAACAACAAUCUGCGAACUCGCCUCCUUCUCGUGGUCGUUCAUUAUACACAUUGCCUGAUGCGCUUCGGGCAUUUUAUACAAUACCUAGCCAAUGUAUGAAAUGAAUCGUAUUAUACACAUUGCCUAUAACUUUUAUGAUUUAUAAUAUUUUGGUUAUUUACGAACACUAAAUCGUUAAACUUGAAAGUAUUUUUUGUGUUACAAUUGUACAGAGCGUAGAUCUAGGCUAACAUUGGAUAUUUUUAAAGUUAUAGUAUUAAAUAAACCAAAUAAUUGUGAAAAAUGUGAAAGAGAAUACUUUAAAACUGAAAUCAUUUAUAUUUGAAGCUCAUCAUGCUAUAUUUGACGACAAUAUGCUUAUUAUAUUGUCUUUCUCGGUUUUCCGACUCGGCGAGUUUACCGCGUGUACUGUGACUUCACGCGUAUACAGCCAGAUCGAGGAAUUAGAAAUCUACCUUGUUCUAUGAAUUUUGUUUAUUUGAUUUUAAAAAAAUCCUUAUUUAUCUAUUACACUAAUAUUUACAAUUAUUAUUCGUUAUUUUUUUAAUGUGGUUUGAAAUAUUUUGUUGUUAUUUUUGUUGCAGUAUGAGUUCAAAUUACAGAUUUGUGUAUUCAAAGUUCAUGUAAAACUUGCGCCAUGUAUUGGUCGAAAUAAAGCUAACAAUCAAUGCUUAUAUUGGAUUUUUAAAACCGACCCGAAGUAGUUUGGUGUUAUAUUUGUGUAGUGGUGCUUAUUAUAAAGUUAUGAAAGUAUAGUGUUUAUAUGCAUUGUUUAUGUACGAGUGAGAUGUUUAUGUGUUGAUUUGAUUGUGCUUUCUCGUUUAUAUUCACCUUUUGUUCAGGGGGACAGGUUUUGUACACGGUCACAUAAAUAUGCCUUCCAAAAUGACUGUUGUGUAAUUAUAUUUUCCAUCAAUCAUUAUCAAUAAUUUUAAUAAUGUACUGUUUUAUUUAAAGAGCUAAUCGAUAACUGCGUUCAUUAAAUUCAAAGUCCAAGCACAUGAAUUUGAAUUUACAGCUCUACUCUGUAUCAUAUUAUCGUGACUUUCAUACAUUAUAUAUCUCGAUCGACGCAUACUUCUCGUUAUAUGUUUCAUAACAUCAGGAAUGCUCACCUCUCUUUCUUUCUUUUGUAUCGAUAACUCGAUAGGGAAAGAAAAUGCUUACCUAUUUAUAUUUAUACAAAUAAUAGUGUACUAAAAAGUAUAUUUUAAAGGCCGCGUUCAAUUCAUUCGCAAUAGAAUUCCGUCCAAAAUUAUGUUACUAUAAUGAAAAAUAUUUUACUAAAAAUAUGAAUAUAUUUACCUCAUUACUGUUGGUGUCAAAAUAAUAAAAAUAAUGCGACUUUAGGACCUUUUUACCUCUAGGUUUGUAACAUUUUCGGGGCUUGAACCUCUUCGUUCUGUAUAAUCAAAAAUUCUGUAAAUUUGCACUGCCAAAUAGUUAAAAAUUGAAAAAAAAUUUAGGCUUUGUCGGACACGGCCAUAAGUUUUGACGUGUGUACUUCAAUAGAUAUAAAGCCACCAAAUCGGCUGUUCGCUGCUGGUUUUGACGCGGUGUUUUAAUUUUAGACAUUCACCAAGCAAAACAGAAGUUAAAAGUCAAAUGACUUUUUAAAAUAAAUCUUUAAAAUUAUUUCCAAGUGAUACCUUUUGUUUCGCAACACAGCACAACAUUACGUAUAAUGUAACAUUAUUUAUAUAUCCCCAUAUCUGGCAGAACUAACUCACAUGAGUAUUUUGUUUUGGACAACUGCACUGCUUACUCGGCUGCUUUUGCCUGGCUUUCUAUCAGCCAUAAAUAAUCAUAUGUCUUAAAAUAAUCUCUAUAAAAAUUGCACGAAAACUUCAUGUUAAGGCAAACAUUUAUUUAACAAAAAAUCUCUUUCGAUUGAAAGACUCUUCUUAAAAACGUUGCUGAAAUCAGGAUUUAUUUGCCUUUGCGAUGUCUGAUUAUACUAUUCUAUUUAUGUGUACACGUCAAAUCCAUAUUAUUAAGAACUUAGAUGCCAUGUUUACCCAUAGCUUUACCAUACAUCUUAUAAACAAAUUGAUAUUCAAAUUAUUAUAUGGGUAUACAUUUAGCAAGAAAAAAAAUCAAGCGAAUGUAAUAAGACCUUAUUUUAUAAAAAUAAUGAGAUCCUGUAACAGCAUAGAUAAUUGUAUUAUAUUACUGUAACUAUUGUUAUACUAUCUUAAAUUUACUUUGCAAAUCAUUCUUAUGAAGAAAAAAAAAUAUGAUGACAUUUAGCUUUUUAUGAGAGAGGAUGGUAUUCCUGGUAACUUUUUAGUCUACACUAUUACUUUCUUCACUGAAACUAAGCGCCAUUACAAAAAUGUAUUUUGAUAUAUUAUGAUGUUACUUGCAAUGUUUACUAGAGUAAUUCGACGUUCGUUAGUCUACUCGGGUAUUCCUAAAAAUGAUGUAUCGUAUGGUGAUAAUAACACCCCCUACGAUUCAAAGCGGUUCUAAUCUUAACUAAUAUCCUAAUUCUAUAUUUAAAUAAAGCCGAGAACUUGUGAGCUAAGGAAUUCGAUUCUAGAUUACCAGUCUCUUUUCGAUAGUUUAGCCGGUCGAAUUUGCGAAACAGAAACAUUUGUUUUGAAAUGAUCACUAAAGUUGUAUUUGUGACCAAACUCAUGUAAUAAAAAACAUUGUCACGAAUUUCCACGAAUUAUACAGUGCUAAAAGAUGCUUCCAUUUUAAUAUAGUUAUCUGACUAUACACACGACAGUAUAUGUACAAUAUAUGUAUAUGAAGUAAUACUUAAUUUUAUACGAAGCUUUGAUUGUAAUAAUGAUAACUACACUGGUGAUGAUAACUUAAAUGCACAUUAAAUGAUAUCAAUACUUUACUCACAUGAUAUAAGUGUGAAUCGAACUUGGUAUGAACAUAAUAUAUUCGUAUAUGUGUUGAGGUUUCCAGACACAAUUGAAGUGAACAAUAAUACAUUUUUCUACGUAUAAACGUUAAGCGAAUCCGUGAUUGAUUUUAGGUAGUCUUUUAGAGUCUUCUCUUAAAAUUCGUAUGUUAUUAUGAGGUACACUCUUAGUCCACAUUUCAGAGGAAUUGUACCUCUGAUUACUUAACCUGAAUUUAACUACGUACAAAGAAAGUCAACAUAUUACGAUAUAUUGCUUUCAUCACACGGUCAUACAACUUACUAGCCGGCUUGUUUAGACUUAAAAUCAAUAAGUGUGGACUCUAUAUUCUCGGAAAAUGUUAAUAUUUUCACAAAAAUGCGUAUACAUAAAUAUAAUAUGAAGUGUGCAGUGUGAUAUUGUGCUUUUUAAUUAUUUUAUAUUUGAGAAAUAUUUGUGAAUUACCAACUUGUAACAAACACGGAAUGUUUGAAAUUGUCAGUAACUGGCCAUGCACUGUCAUCACUGGUCUAAAGUGAGCAUUAGAUAAAUUAUAUAUACAUCACGCAACAUCAACAACAGAGCAUGAAGCUGAUGCUACCGCAAUUGGCGGGUUUGACGCAUUUGGUGCACUUCUCUACUUGUACACCAUGCUCAAAGGUGCACUUCGCAACUGGUACACUUCUCAAAUGGCACACUCUGCAACUGGUGCCCUUCUCAAAUUGUGAACUUCGCAAAAGGGGCACUUUUAAGGGAUUUUUUUUGCGUAUGGAAUUUUCUGAAAAAUACUUUCAUUGUUAGAAAAAAAAAAACAAAUCUCCACUCAACUUAAAAGUGCCCCUUUUGCGAAGUUCACAAUUUGAGAAGUGUACCAGUUGCGAAGUGCACCGUUUGAGCAUGGUGUACAAGUUGAGAAGUGCACCAAAUGCGUCAAACCCCAGUCGGCGUCUCAGGCGUAUCGCAUCUAAACAUAGGCAUCACGUAAUCGUUAGUCGCGCAGGAGUACCGAUGUGUGCUGUUCUCAUCCACGCUAGCAGCUAGCUAGACACGGCGAUGCAAGGCUCAUGUCACACAUCUGACACCGACUACUCGUAUAGGAGAUUCUUGAAUAUUAUUUUAUAAGAAUAGGUGUAUUUUUGUGUCUGUCUAGAAUCCUUGAAAAACUCCAUCUAUAGCGACAGGUCGCAUUUUAUUCGUACUAAGUAAAUAAAUAAAACUGGAAAUAAAUAUCCUAUCAUAUUUUUGCACUUAUAUAGGAGCACAUUAUAAUUAUCAUGACGUAAUAUUAACUUGUACAAACUGACAAAUUCUCCUUUUUAUAGAAUUAUUAUUAAAUAGUACAACUUAGUUGCACGCUAUAAUGAACGUUAUUUGCGACUAGAUAAUGCGCUACAAGGUACGCUUACACACACGUUGCGAUAUAUCGCUAUACCCCCUGGCUUAGCGCUGUGUUCCAACGUGUGCUGUAUGCACCGUGCUGUACUGUUUGUAAGCGAGAUGUACUCUAGGAUUUGUUCAACAUGACACGACCCAUCAGGUCUUCUAUGAAGAGUCUGCUUAUUAAUAUAUUAAGACUACCUAGCGGCUUAUGAAAAGCCAGUAUGACAAGGAGAACAUUAUGUUUGGACAGAUCCUGGACAAAGCGGGACACCGUUUAUCUCACAAUUGCAAUUUUCUUGUCGAUUUUCGCAUAUAUGUAACGCCUGACUCAAUCAUUUAGUCUUGUGCUUAGCAUAGUAUUAAUAUGUCAAGUUUGGUGUUGUAUAAUUUUAAUGUUAGCGGCUUUGUAUCAUUUUCUUCGAUGUGUGUUGGUUUAGUUACACAUCGUCUGCAGAAAGCGCCCCGAAGCAUUGUUUGAGCGCAGUAGACGUAGCGUUGACAACGGCGGGGACUAUCCGCACUGCUAGUGUGUACUUGUGUACAAUUGAUGCGGGCUGUUCGAACGGGCGCGAGUUACAGCGCCACCAAUUAAUGUUAUCCUAAGUUUACGUACACACUAAUAAGUAUAAUUAUGUACUUUAAGAUAUAUGUCGAACCGUAACGCCACAAAAUUGCCAGACACUAGAACUAAGCAAUAACCAAUGUCAAUGUAAUUGAUGAUGUUUUCUGCACAGUUAUUAUAUUACACAUCGCGUUCGUCUCUAGAAGAGUUGCUCACAUUUGCCAAAAUUAAUCUGUCAAUUAUUUAAACCUGUUCGGUUGAUUAUGCUUACAUAAUUCAUGUUUAGAACGUAUGGUUUACUUAAAUAUACUAAAGUUUCUCAUCUGCAUAGAGGCUAUAAGUAAGAGAGUCUCAGAGACUUGAAUGAAACAUACAGUGCGCACCGUUCACACGAAUAGCCCAUUAGUGAUGUAGUGUUAACUCCAUUAAAUUUAGUUCAAUUAUGUAGUUUUUGUCAAUAAUUCAUGUUAAUUUAAAUAUAAUUUUAUUAUUUUAAUUUUAUUCGUUUGUCAUACGCAAACACAUAUCACACAUGAGAACGAAACCGGUUCGCUAAAUUACGCUAAAUGCCUAUUUCUAUUUAUGUCUAUUUACAUUGUGAUUAAGCGAUUACAUCAUAAUUUAUUAUUAAUAAAACAUUAAGGCUAUAGUUAUGAUUGGUUUGUCUGUUCUCUGUAGUCACGUCAAUACAAAUGUCCGAACAUCUUUAUUGAGCGGAGAUUGGUUGUUCGCCGCACAAGCGUUUUCAUUUCUGCAAAUAUACCUAUAAAAUUGUGAUGCUCGAUUAUUUCAGCCAAUAAACGUAACGAUGUUGAUAUUUGCGAUGUGUUAGUGAGAACAUUAUUUAAUGUACAUAGAUACGUGUGCACGCUACGAAUAAAAUGAUUUCUUUAGAAAAGCGCGUCGUGAGUUUCCGUACCACGAUACGCAGUCUUAGAUGCAAUAUAAUGUUUUUUACAUGAAAACUACCAAAUUCUAGCAUGUUACACGUAUCAGAACACCGCGUUUUCCGAAAUUUCGGCAGGAGAUCAAAUGAAGAUGUGUACACAGCCCGUUUUAUCAAAAAUGUUGUUUUGUUAUUGUAAUUUAUUAAGCGUCUUGCAAUACCGGUCCGCCGAUCAAAUUCUAAUAAAUCAUAGCUAUUCGCUUUGUUAUUGUUAUUCGAAAUGAUAAUGAGGAAUUAUUUAAUUUCUUUAAUUGUAAGUUUUUAAAGUAUUUUGUUUAGUACUUUUAUUGUUUCUUCCAUGUGAUUUAAGAAAGUGGCAAUACGAUUAAGCAUUAAAGCGAUAUGACCUUUA